AUGCAGUCUGGUAUUGCAGCCUCCCAAGAGCUCCAGAACGAGUUCAACUCGUUGUUGGCAUCAGACGAUACCUUUGGCCUCCUUGCCUCGAUUGAGAACGAGUCCCUCGUCCCUGUCGCCACUCUUCCCUCGACCUCCUCAUCCUUCGGCGAGAACCUAGCGAGCCUGCAGCCGUACAUCAAGACUGACGUCGCCCUUUACAUCAUCCUGCGCCGUUACGAUUCGGCACCCAAGUUCCUCGCCAUCACCUACGUCCCCGAUGCUGCGCGCGUGCGCCAGAAGAUGCUUUUUGCAUCUACACGCCUGACUCUUGUCCGCGAGCUCGGAUCGGAACAUUUCCGUGAAACCAUCUUUGUGACUGUCCCCGAAGAGCUGAGCGAGAAGGGUUUCGAGAAGCAUGAUGCGCAUACAAAGCUGGAUGCCCCUCUUACCGAGGAGGAGCAGGCACUAGGCGAGGUCAAGCGUGCUGAGCAAGAGGCCGGAUCUGGAACAGGAGUCAAGGCAAUUCAUCUCAGCAAGAGCUUCUCCAUGCCCAUCGGGGAAGAUGCGGUUGCUGCUAUGAAGGAGGUCGGACAGGACGACGGACGAUCGGUUGUCAUGCUGAAAAUCAACCCAGAGACCGAGGUGGUGGAGCUGGUUCCCGAAUCGCCGACGCCAAGCUCAAUCGCGGAAUUGACCCAGGCCAUCUCGCAGACCGAGCCGCGGUUCACCUUUUACCGAUAUACCCACACACACGACGGCGCCGAGCAGAGCCCCGUGCUCUUCAUCUACACCUGCCCCGUGACGCCCGGAAACAAGGCCAUCAAGUUCAGGAUGAUGUACCCCCUGAUGAAGCGGGCAGUGCUGGAGGUUGCCGAGCGAGAAGCCGGACUUAAGCUGGAGAAGAAGUUUGAGGUGGAAGAGCCCAGUGAGAUCACGGAGCAGACUGUGCUGGACGAUCUGCACCCCAAGGUUGCUACCAGACAGGGCUUUAGCCGACCGAAGCGACCUGGCCGAAAGUAA